AUGGGGGGUGAGGCCGUCGGCGUCAACACGGAGCCUCGUUUCGCAACCGACAACUCUGACGACAUUACUGCGCAACGGGUCUGUAGGGUCCUAGAGGAAACCAGGCUGUGCUUCGAAGGGGUGCACAGGCUAUCGAGUCGAUACAGCCCUCCUGCGGAUUCACGCGGCUUGACACAUUCAGAGUUGACCCCGGUGGCCCGCAACUUGCAUAGCCGGAUGGAGGAUAUCGUUCAUCAACGGCAGAAGCGAGGCAAAUUGCUGGAGAAGGCCAGCCAGGCAUUGUAUAGCAACAAGUAUUUGGACCAACUGAUAGGAGACAUUGCUGGGCUCGUCGGCAAUCUCGAGAACCUGUACCCCGUGCAGAUGCAGCGUCGCAGAUUUGUAGGGUUAGAGAUGGAGGCGGUUGAUGACGAUAUGAGCCUUUCGACUCUCAAAAAUGCAGGUUCUGGUACCGAUGGCGUUCUUUCUGAAGUGGUUACAAACAAGAUGCAGGCGAUAGCCGACAGGACGGAGGCGAUUACGGGCAAGCUGGAGGCGACUGCAACAAGAAACGAACCCGGGAAAACUCUCGUUGAAGAGAUGGAGAGGAUCAGAGUUGGGAAUGAAUGGAGUGAGAGUGUGCUGAAUCAAGGAGCUCUUGUGAUGGACAGGACUGAGAACAAGGCAUUGGCUAUUACGGCACGCGGCGGAGCAACUAUCCACAUAGGGAGCAGCUUUGGCAGGCGCAGCAUCUUUGACUAA